CGUGGGCUUUGGGCGCCGCGUGAACGGCUUUAGGGUCUCUUUAUACAGCCCUGGUUGCCUUGGAACUAUAUAAAUCCUGAAACUGAGAUUCAUCUUUCUCCUGGGAUUCGGGCCCUAUACCACCAUACCUUACAGAGAAACCAAAUUCAUCUCUAGACAGUCUCUGCAGAAAUGGCCCCUGUCCUUCACUUUUAUGUCCGCCCCUCUGGCCAUGAGGGGGCAGCAUCUGGGCGUGUUCUCCGGAGACUACAAGAGAAACUGCCGACGCUUCAGAGUGUGGAGACUGAGCUGUGCUACAAUGUGCACUGGGCAGCUGAGACCCUUCCACGGGCUGAGGAGAUGAAGAAGUUAAUGUGGCUAUUUGGCUGCCCUUUGCUGCAGGAUGAUGUUUCUGAGGAGUCCUGGCUUGUUUCUGGCUCCAAUGAUUUGUUGCUGGAGGUGGGACCCAGGCUGAAUUUCUCUACUCCAGCAUCAACCAACAUUGUUUCUGUGUGCCAGGCUGCUGGGCUGAGGGCUGUGGAUCGAGUAGAGGCCACCCGGCGCUACCGGCUCUCGUUUGCCAACCAUCCCACAGCUGAAAUGGAAGCCAUUUCUCUGGCUGCCUUGCACGACCGGAUGACAGAGCAGCACUAUCCUGACCCCAUCCAGAGCUUCUCUCCUCAGAGCAACCCAGCCCCACUCAAGGGCACCAUCAACAUACUAGCUGAGGGUCGGCCUGCCCUGGAGAAGGCCAACCAGGAGCUAGGUUUGGCUCUUGACUCCUGGGACCUGGAUUUCUACACCAAGCGCUUUCAAGAGCUGCAGCGGAACCCUAGUACAGUAGAGGUCUUUGACUUGGCUCAGUCCAAUAGUGAGCACAGCCGACAUUGGUUCUUCAAGGGCCAGCUCCAUGUGGAUGGGAAGAAGCUAGCACGUUCCCUCUUUGAGUCCAUCAUGAGCACUCAGGCAUCCUCCAACCCUAACAAUGUCCUCAAGUUCUGUGACAACAGCAGUGCCAUCCAGGGAAAGGAAGUCCGAUUCCUGCGGCCUGAGGACUCUACACGACCAAGCUGCUUCCGGCAACAGCGGGGACUUAGACAUGUUGUCUUCACAGCAGAGACACAUAACUUCCCCACAGGAGUGGCCCCCUUCAGCGGUGCAACCACAGGCACAGGCGGCCGCAUCAGAGAUGUCCAGUGCACAGGCCGUGGGGCCCAUGUGGUAGCUGGCACUGCUGGCUAUUGCUUUGGAAACCUGCACAUCCCAGGUUAUAGUCUGCCUUGGGAGGAUCCAAGCUUCCAGUAUCCUGGGAAUUUUGCCAAGCCUUUGGAAGUUGCUAUUGAGGCCAGUGAUGGAGCCUCUGACUAUGGCAACAAGUUUGGAGAACCAGUGCUGGCUGGAUUUGCCCGUUCUUUGGGUCUCCAGCUUCCAGGUGGUGAGAGGCGUGAGUGGAUCAAGCCCAUCAUGUUCAGUGGAGGCAUUGGGUCCAUGGAAGCCAAGCAUGUAGGCAAAGAGCCCCCAGAGCCAGGCAUGGAGGUUGUAAAGGUUGGGGGUCCUGUCUAUAGGAUUGGAGUUGGGGGUGGAGCUGCUUCGUCUGUGCAGGUUCAGGGAGACAACACCAGUGACCUGGACUUUGGAGCUGUGCAACGGGGAGACCCAGAAAUGGAGCAGAAGAUGAAUCGUGUGAUCCGGGCUUGUGUGGAGGCCCCAGAAGGAAACCCCAUUUGCAGCCUUCAUGACCAGGGUGCUGGUGGCAACGGCAAUGUCCUAAAGGAGCUGAGUGACCCAGCAGGAGCUGUCAUUUAUACCAGCCGCUUCCAGCUGGGUGACCCAACUUUGAAUGCACUGGAAAUCUGGGGGGCUGAGUACCAGGAGUCAAAUGCACUUCUGCUGAGGCCCUCUGACCGGGACUUCCUGAGUCGUGUCAGUGCCCGGGAGCGCUGCCCAGCUUGUUUUGUGGGGACAAUCACUGGAGACAAGAGAAUCGUGCUAGUGGAUGAUCGGGAAUGCCUGGUAGGAAAAAGUGGCCAGGGAGAUGCCCCCCUGACACCACCAACCCCUGUGGACCUGGACCUUGACUGGGUUCUGGGAAAGAUGCCUCAGAAGGAGUUCAUCCUCCAAAGAAAACCCCCCAUGCUGCAGCCUUUGGCUUUGCCCCCAGAGCUGAGUGUGCGGCAAGCUCUGGACCGGGUCCUCAGGCUGCCUGCUGUGGCCAGCAAACGCUACCUCACUAACAAGGUGGAUCGCUCUGUGGGUGGCCUUGUUGCUCAACAGCAGUGUGUUGGGCCUCUGCAGACUCCUCUGGCUGACGUGGCUGUCGUGGCACUGAGCCACCAGGAGCUAAUAGGGGCCGCCACAGCCCUGGGAGAGCAGCCAGUCAAGAGCCUGCUGGACCCCAAGGUUGCUGCCAGACUAGCUGUGUCUGAGGCCCUCACCAACCUGGUGUUUGCUCUGGUCACCGAUCUCCGAGAUGUAAAGUGCAGUGGGAACUGGAUGUGGGCAGCCAAGCUCCCAGGUGAGGGUGCAGCGCUGGCCGAUGCCUGUGAGGCUAUGGUGACAGUGAUGGCAGCACUGGGUGUGGCAGUAGAUGGUGGCAAGGACUCCCUCAGCAUGGCUGCCCGGGUCGGCACUGAGACCGUGCAGGCUCCUGGAUCACUGGUCAUUUCAGCAUAUGCUGUCUGUCCAGACAUCACAGCCACUGUGACCCCAGACCUCAAACAUCCUGGAGGGAAAGGUCAUUUACUCUAUGUGCCUUUGAGCCCCGGGCAGCACCGGCUGGGAGGAACGGCUCUGGCCCAGUGUUUCUCUCAGCUCGGGGAGCACCCUCCUGAUCUAGACCUUCCUGAGAACCUUGUGCGUGCCUUUCAUAUCACCCAGGGGCUGCUGAAAGACCGCCGUCUUUCCUCAGGCCAUGAUGUCAGUGAUGGGGGGCUUGUCACCUGCCUUCUAGAGAUGGCCUUUGCUGGGAACUGUGGGAUAGAGGUAGAUGUACCUGCCCCUGGGAUCCAUGCAUUGCCUGUGCUGUUUGCGGAGGAGCCGGGUCUGCUGUUGGAGGUACAGGAGGCAGAUGUAGCUGGAGUACUGCAGAGGUACCAGAGUGCUGGCCUACACUGUCUGGAACUGGGCCACACAGGCGAGGCUGGACCCCAGGCCAUGGUCCGAGUGUCAGUGAAUGGGACUGUGGUUGUAGAGGAGCCUGUUGGGCAGUUGAGAGCCCUCUGGGAGGAAACAAGUUUCCAGCUGGACCUACUGCAGGCAGAGCCACGCUGUGUGACAGAGGAGAAACAGGGCUUGAAGGAGCGGACAGGACCCAGCUACUGCCUGCCGCCCACCUUUCCUGUGGCCUCUGUGCCCUGUAAACCUGGUGGUCCCAUCCCUCGAGUUGCCAUCUUGCGAGAAGAGGGCAGCAAUGGAGACCGAGAAAUGGCUGAUGCCUUUCACUUGGCUGGCUUUGAGGUGUGGGAUGUGACCAUGCAGGAUCUCUGCUCUGGGGCUAUCAGGCUGGACACGUUCCGUGGUGUGGCCUUCGUGGGUGGCUUCAGCUACGCGGACGUCUUGGGCUCUGCAAAAGGUUGGGCAGCUGCAGUGACCUUCAAUCUACAGGCCAGGGAAGAGCUGGGACGCUUCCGCAGGCGGCCAGAUACCUUUAGCCUGGGCGUGUGUAAUGGCUGUCAGCUGCUGGCUCUUUUGGGCUGGGUGGGAAGUGAUCCCAAUGAAGAACAAGUUGAGCCAGGUCACAACUCCCCGCCAACACAGCCAGGCCUCCUGCUCCGCCACAAUCUGUCUGGGCGGUUUGAGUCCCGAUGGGCCACCGUACGUGUGGAGCCAGGGCCGGCCCUGAUGCUUCGAGGGAUGGAAGGCUCUGUGCUGCCUGUGUGGAGUGCUCAUGGGGAAGGUUACAUGGCGUUUUCUUCUCCUGAACUCCAAGCCAAGAUUGAGGCCAAGGGCUUGGUUCCUCUGCACUGGGCAGACGAUGAUGGGAACCCCACAGAGCAGUACCCUUUGAACCCCAAUGGAUCUCCAAGGGGCAUAGCUGGCAUCUGCUCCCAAGACGGUCGCCAUCUGGCACUCAUGCCACACCCUGAGCGAGCUGUGAGGCUUUGGCAGUGGGCAUGGCGACCCUCUCCCUUUGAUGGUCUUUCCACGUCCCCGUGGCUACAGCUCUUCAUCAAUGCUCGGAACUGGACCCAGGAGGAUAGCUGCUGAGGAAGCCGCAUGACAGCCCUGGCCCACAGCUCACCCUUUGAGUCUGUUGCCUUCUUUCCCCACUGCCUUCAGGGGUAUCCCCAUGUGAUUUCCAAAAGCAUCUUAGGCAGCAAGAACCAAAAUGCUGAGAUGGCCUCAGCUGCACUGCUCAUUUUAGCCUUGCCCCUGCAGGAGCCGCUUUCAGUUCUUGAGUUUAACAUGGAUCUCCAGCAAGUAACCUCAGGCUCCAAGGACAGCUGCUGACAGUGCAGGGCAUGGGCAAAGACUUACUGGCAGUCCUUCCUGGGAUCAUCACCUUGUUAUCCCUCAGUCUUUUUUUUUUUUUCUUCUUCUUCGACACAGGGUUUCUCUGUGUAGCUGUGUAGCCCUGGCUGUCCUGGAACUCAGAAAUCCGCCUGCCUCUGGCUCACAAGUGCUGGGAUUAAAGGUGUGUGCCACCACUGCCCGGUGUUAUCCCUCAUUCUUUUGGUUAGAGCUCUGAGUGAGCUGUCACGUCCCCUUUUCUUUGGCUCUGUAAGAUGGGCUUUCAGUCUAUAGCCCAGGCUGUCCCUAAACUCAGAAUUCUUUAGUGUCAGACUCUCUGGUGAGUGCCACAAUGCUUGGCAUUGGCUCAGGGCCUAAGAAUCAUGUGCAUCAUCUCCUCCCAGCCUCCGCUCUCAUCUGAAAAGAACAGCUUUCUGGUUCCCUUUCAGACAUGCUCUGCUAGUUGUUAGGAAUCAUUGCUUCCGGCCAUGCUUAAGGGGCUGACCUGUGCCAACUCAGAUUACAUU